GGAGAACCAACCGAAAGCAGACAUCUUUGUUCAGUUUCAUAUUUUAUCAAUAGGUGGCAUUCAAGUAGUGAAUAGUGAUCAAGGCCAGACGACCUGCUUGUCAGGUGUUCUAAUGACCAACUGAUCAAUGGACCGACGUCCGUAUGGUGUCUGCUGAAAUAGUUAUGGAAGAGCGAGUAGAGCAGAAGAAGAUCGAGUGUAUCGGCAAAAUGACGCAGAUGACCCAGGAAGAGAUCAUGGCGAACACCAAGACGGUCGUUCAGGGUCUGGAAGCUCUGAAGAACGAACAUAACUCCAUCUUGAACGGCCUGACUUCAAGCCUCGAGCUGACGGUGUCGAAUGUCAACAGCGGCGACUGCAGCGUCGUGGAGGAGAAGAAGGGCCUCGUCCAGAAAUCGCUGGACAUGAUCGACCUCGGCCUGGGAGAGGCUCAGGUGAUGAUGGCCCUAGCAUCACACCUGCAGAUCGUUGAAGCCGAGAAACAAAAGCUGAGGACACAAGUUCGCCGCUUAUGCCAGGAGAAUGCCUGGCUGCGGGAUGAGCUGGCUAACACGCAGCAGAAGUUGCAGGCGUCUGAACAGGCUGUCGCCCAGUUGGAGGAAGACAAGAAACAUUUCGAGUUCAUGGCAUCAAUGCGCAAAUAUGACCAGGAUAUUACGGGAGACGAUUCCUCAACGGAAACUAAGCAAGAUAAACCAAAGCAGGAUGAUCCUGUAGUAGACCUGUUUCCAGAUGAUGAUACAGAAGAAAGAUCAACAAUGUCUCCGACACCUCCAAGUCAAUUUGCCCAGCAAGUGAAUGCCGGGUACGAGAUUCCUGCCCGACUUCGAACUCUCCAUAACUUAGUCAUCCAGUACGCGUCUCAGGGGAGGUACGAAGUGGCCGUGCCACUUUGCAAGCAAGCACUCGAGGAUCUAGAAAAGACGAGCGGUCAUGACCACCCUGAUGUUGCAACUAUGCUGAACAUCCUGGCUUUGGUAUACAGGGUCCAGAACAAAUAUAAAGAAGCAGCAAAUUUGCUAAAUGAUGCUCUGGCCAUUCGAGAGAAGACACUGGGAGAAAAUCACCCAGCAGUGGCUGCUACCCUCAACAACCUUGCCGUUCUGUACGGCAAACGAGGAAAGUACAAGGAGGCAGAGCCACUUUGCAAGCGUGCUCUGGAGAUUCGAGAGAAGGUCCUAGGGAAGGACCAUCCUGACGUAGCCAAACAGCUUAACAACCUUGCACUCCUCUGCCAGAACCAGGGAAAAUACGAGGAAGUCGAAAGGUACUACCAGCGGGCCUUGGAAAUAUACGAGUCAAAACUGGGACCCGAUGAUCCCAAUGUAGCCAAGACGAAGAACAACUUGGCAUCGUGUUACUUGAAACAGGGCAAGUACAAGGAGGCUGAGAUCCUGUAUAAACAGGUGCUGACACGCGCACAUGAGCGAGAGUUUGGCACCAUUGACGGAGACAACAAGCCAAUCUGGCAGGUGGCAGAGGAACGUGAGGAAAACAAACACCGCAACAAGGAGAACGUUCCAUAUGGUGAAUACGGUGGCUGGCACAAGGCAGCCAAGGUUGACUCCCCCACUGUAACCACGACUCUGAAGAAUCUAGGAGCUCUGUAUCGUCGCCAAGGAAAGUACGAAGCGGCCGAUACGCUUGAAGACUGUGCCCUUCGGUCUAGGAAGGAGGCACUGGAAAUUGUGAAACAAGCAAAGGGAACACCGAUCCUGGGCGGAGAAGGUGGUGACAAGAGGCGUAGUUCAACUGGGAAGGAGCGGACCAGCAGGAGGGGAUCACGGGAGUCACUGGAUUCGAUGCAGUACGAAGGCGAGGAGUACGGCAAACUCAGGCGCAGCGCUUCGUUCUCGAAGCUGCGGGCUUCAAUAAGACGGUCGAGUGCCAAGCUGAUUCAGAAACUGACAAACCGGGGUGACGGGCAGCCAGAAGACCCCAGUCAUAUGAUACACAACUUUAGUAACAGCAUGAAGCGCGCAAGUUCACUGUCCGUUCUUAGUAGCCAAAACUUGGAACAGCAUGGGAGUGGCGGCGGAUCAUACCUCAUGAGUUUUCACGGUCGUACAGCAAGCACAGAGCAUUUGGGGGUUAAAGACACAAGGUAGGAUGAGAUCCACUUUCAAGAGGAGAUCCUUAAGCCUGCCUACACGUGGUGCCAAUACGACACACACAGUCUUGCUGCAGAAGAUUCAAAGCUCUGUGUAAGAAUCGUCGCCAGCUGACCCAAGAAAAGUAUCGGAGGAAAGUCUGUUAUUUAUACUAUGGUGUCUGUAUACAACAGCAAGCAGCAUUGUUACAUAAUAAUUCUACGUAGCCUCAUUAUGACUGAAGAAGUGCUGGAAAUUCAAAGUAGAAGCUUAAUUUUAUUUAGCAGUGGUGUUAUCAUAUUCCUGUAUCAGCUUGCAGAUAAAUGAAAGUUGAAAGGUUCUCAAGAAAUUGUAUGUGUAUGAAUUUAAUUUUUCGGUAUAAAUGAUAUGAGAAAGAAGAGAUUGUGGCACGAGAAGGUAAAUAACGCGGACUGAGUAUGAGGAAAUCAGGUCAAAGCAUUUAAUUUUUAUUCCAGUUGAGGGUUGUAUCUUCAAAUACUUUCUCAAGUCGACUGCUCUUCUUUCCCAUUCUGGUUACUGUAUGAAGUCUUUCUUUAUAUUAUACUGCAAUUUUCUUGUGAAUUAUGAAUGGCAUUGGCUAUGAUGUUAAUGUACUUUUAGGUGGACCUUCAAAUCCAUCUUGUCUAUCAUGCGCUGGAAGUACUAUGUCACCAGAAGUAUUUCACUGUGUUUUCUGUAGUAAUUGUUUGCCAUGUUCUGAUAAACAUGUAAUAUGAGCGUACUUUCCAGUAUAUCACUUCGGCAUAGUGCAAGAGGUGAAGCAGUGUCAUCGUAUAUCUGUAUUCCAAAUUUCUUGUUCAGUUUUUAUGAAACUUUGGAUUGUGUGAAAUUCAAUUAAUAUACCUCCUGUACAGUCAGUGCUAAAGAAUAUGAAAACUUCAUAAUAUUAAAAUGCAUUGUUAUCAAUGUUUGACUAUUAUUAUGUGACAAUAUAAUUGAUGAAAGAACGCGUUCGCUUGCAGAACUACUGCUCACGUUUGUUGAGGCUAGGAUCUCCUUUUUGGAACAUAAAAUACAGCGUUCUCUAUGCCACCCCACUUGUUAGAGUGAUGAGAAAGUUUACCCGUUCAGUUUUUGUGCACCCACUCUACUGGGCUGUAACUGUUCACUGCAAUCUCAAGUGAAACUAGCUUAAUUUAUUCAGUUACACAGACCAAAGCCACUUUAUUUCUUCACUGAAAAACAAAAGCUUCAUUUUAUUAGUAAACUGCCGUAGAAGCCAUCAGAUUUAUACAUAAUUAGUAUCUGGAUAUUCCAUAUUUCUUGCACAGAGGUGUCUGUGGAAACAGAAAUCUGUUUAUUACUCUUUUGUUUUCAGUGAAAGUCUUCAGUUUGGGAUUUUCCUUGGAGUAACGGCAAAAGGUUAAGAGUGAUCGUCAUACCAUUUAUAGAAGUCACAGAGAAAAGUAUUGACCUGAAAUGGAGGCCUCAUUUACUGUGUAUGUUUCACAUAAGUAGGUUAUUUGUUUCCUCAACAUUCCAGACAAUCAGUUUUAAUUACUUCAGGCAUAAUUUUCAAACUUUAUAUGAUGCAAUGUUGUGUUAACGGUUUGUACCAGCAAAACUUCCCGUGUUGCUCCAAACAGUUUAUGAGAACAUGGUGUCUAACCAGCUUGCUUCCACCAUCUUGUAUUAAUAAAGUUUUUUUAUUUCUUAUUUUAGGCAGCUUUUUGUAUAUUAUAUUAUUUUUUUAAGUUUCUUCCAUUACUGUGGAGAGUUUUUGUACUUUAACAUCAUAGGUUUAUUCAUUGUUCCUGUGUGCUCUGAUCCAACCAAAGUAUCACAAGAAAUGUUGUGUAUUUAAUACAGAAUGCAGAACUUCGGUGUUGUUAUAUUAUUUGGAAAGGAAUAUUAUAGAUUGUCGGAACUCUCAGUUCCCAAUAUUUUGUGUCAUAUUGGGAUAGUGGAUGAGAUAAAUUAUGAAUAUGCUCUUGCAUAUGAAUGAGGGCCUUUCUUCCUGUAAAGAGAGGUGAGCAAAGAAUCAUGGGUAUUUAUUACUCAUAUUCUGUAGUCGAUUGAAAGUUGGGGGGUGGGACUUUAAGCUUGAAUUUAUUCUUCAUACUAUCAACAUUUAUACACUUAAGUUUUAUGUACUUAAUUAUACUGUUUCAACAUAUCAAAUGAAUGCACACAUAAUUUACAUUCCAAGACAAACCUUUAUUUCUGUAUAAAAUGGACUGAGAACUCACGACUGCUUUAGUAACUGACAAACAUGGCACAUUCUUUCUUUUUUAAAACAGAAUUUUGAGAUUUGUUUAUUCUUAUGACAGUGAAGAUUUUUAAGGUUGGUCUUCUGGGUAGUAAUACCAUGUGAACUUAUUUGUAGAAACAUAUGUUUCAACCCUGAAGAUGGAAACAUUAUGUUUCUCCAGAAUGUUGGUAUUUACAUACCAGUCCGCAUGGCAUUACUACCCAGAAGACUAGUAAUGACAAAACUUAAUGAUAUUCACAUUUUAUUUUAAUGUGAUUUAUAUUUAGAGUUUGUCAUAACUGAAGUAAGAAAUUUUGUUAUCGUGCCUUAAUUUCAGACACUGAAUUAAAAGGUCUCGAAAUUUAAUCUCGAAGAUACAGAACUUCCCGUCAUCUUGGGUUAAGGGACUGGACUGUUGCUGUAAAGAUUAUGAGUUGUGUCCUAAGUGACGUGUGCAAAGAUUCUGUAUACCAUCACUUCUGCCAGAACUUAAAACUCUGCUGGUCAACAUUGUUACUGUUAUAUACUUUGAAAAUAGAUACACAGAUUGCUAAGAAAUUGUCAUACAGUGGCUAAGAACCAUCAAGAAUUGAGGAAAAUUGUACUGGAAGCCAAGGUCCACAGCAGACUAGUGCUUGAGGAGAAGAAGAAGAAUAUAUAUAUAUAUAUAUACUUUGAGCAUUGUUGCCCUGGGGAGCAACAGUUGAGGGGAGUCUUGAAUAAUAAAAUAAAUGUGAUUGGACUAUCACAGGCUAUGUAUUACACGUAGUUUGUUAUCUUUAAAUUUGUGUCUUUCAGAAUGUUACAAAGUGGAAUUAGAAAAGCCGUGUAUUUUUCUCAGAAUCUUGCUCCCAGGUCUUUACAUAUUCAUUCCAUUUUAAUCUGUGUAUAACUUAAAAAAUAUGUAUUAAGUACACAAUAUGGAAGACGUGGAGAAUGCAUGUGGUAGCUAUUGAUAAUGAGACUUCAGAUUGUAUUUCACUUAACAUAUUUAUAAUUUUGUUAAUAUAAAGUGUUUGAGUAUUUAUAUUUUCAGAAGUAUUCUGAUCAUGAAGAUGUUAUAAUUGCAUGUUAAAAACAGAGAAAUGGAAAUUCUGAAAUUAUGUGAAGGAAAUUUGUAUUGUGUGUUUGUUUACCCGUUGCUCUUAAUUAUAGCAAAAUAUUAGACAAAUUCUGUUGUAGCACAGAUACUGUCUUUUUUAAAAGACAGGUUAAGGUGGAUGUAUCACUUUGUAGGUAUAAUUUUCUUAAUGUUUCAUGAAAACUACUCAGAAGUCCUCAGUUGUGAUUGUGCAUGCAUGUAUGUGUGCGCACACGUGUGCGCCCCCACAUGUAUAUACAAUGUUUGAAUGGAAUGACGGUAUAUAUAGAUAGUACUCCUACAGAUUUUGGUGUUCACUGAAUUCUUUUUAAUUUGGUAAUGUUUACAGAAUAUCCCUUUUUUGGUAUGAUUAUUGUUGUUAAAUGUUUUUUCAGUGUUCACCGCAUUCUAAAUUCAGUGAAUGAACUUUAUUAUGUGUACAUGAACUGGCAUGUUUUAUUUCCCUUGAUGUUUCAGGUAAAGUACACUUAUGGCAGCUGGGCUUAUUGGAGAAAAAAGAGACUACAUUUAAUGUUAUUUUACUACACAACAGCAUUUUUGCUGGAACACAGUGAAGGAACUUACUUUGUUUUGAGAGCAGACUACAUUUUCCAUUGUAUUUUAUUUUGAAAGAUGGUAAGUGGGUUAUUGUGGUUCUUUUGCCAACUGUCUUAAUAACUUUUUCAUUAGGAAUGUUAUUGCAUAUAACUUAAAAUGUAGGUAAUUGCAUUCCGUUUAAUAUUAUGAGCAUAAGAAAGAAUAGUAUUCUGCUACGGUUAAUUCUAGAGGAAACAUGUAGGUACCUAUUAUCUAUAUAGACCAAACAUUAUUAUUGCUGUUCAAAACAAAAAUUUCCUUCUGUAACUUAAAACUGUUUCAAAAUAACGCAACGAAGAGGCUUGCUUUUCUGUCCUGUUGCACAAAGUGUUAGACUUGUGAAAACUCAGAACAGACAGAGCAGUGAAUGGUUUCUGAAGUGAUUGCCAGCUGAAAGCUUUACAGUAGUGCUGAUGUUAAUUCUUUUUCUUUUCUUUUUUUUAAGUAUAAGUAUUGUAUAUAAAUAGAAUAAAUGGUUUUUCUUUCAUAUUAAUUUAUUGAUGAGUGUGCAGUGUUCCCAAAUAUAUGCUCACAAUGAGGUGCAUGCCACUGUAAGCUAUAGUACCCUGUUGCUUUCUACAUGUAUGGAAAUAUUGUGCUUCAAACUAGCUUUACACAAGACUAAUAAAACUGAAUAAAAUAAGUUUCAAUUCAUACCAAUUAAA